AAAAAUAUUGAUUUAUUAAGUGCGAUCCUACAAUAUGUCAGCUUCCAUCAUCAAUCAACUUUCAAUUUGAGUUUUAAUGGAAAAAUCAAGAAUUGAUAAAUAGGAAAGCAACGGUUCGAUAUGAAGAAAUCCGAAGUGAUCAAAGCAAUAAUAAUUAUAGCAUUUAUAUAUAUAGGUCUACAAGUAUUUGUUGCGCCAGCUUAUUUAGAUAGGGAAGAACGAAACUUAAAGAUUUCAGCUGGGCAAUUUGAGAGGCUGUUAAAAUUGUUAUCUGCUCUGCAACUGCAAGUGUUCGUCAUUGAUCCAGAACUCCUGUCAGAUACACAGCUUUCAUGGGAGGACCCGUCACAUCUAGUCUCUGGGCGGAAAUCAAUCACCUUUGGCCAUCUGCAUGAAAUACACACAAAACACCAAAUGGAAAGGUACCGACUUCAUUUUGAGACCAUUGGGUACCGGUAUGUCAGCACGGCAUCGUUCAGUCCUGUGACGGGCCUCAGCAGUCCCAGCCACCACUUCCUGUGCUCUCAGGCACUCACGGUGCACGUGGUGGUGUGGUUCAACCGCACGAGGGACACAGUCUGGACCGACCAAGUGAACUGGCUAUACCCGUCACAGCCAGAGGACUCGUGCCAUUUGGAUGGGAAAUACUUCUAUAAUUAUUCUAGGCUGUUUGACAGUUUUAACCUUACCAAACGAGGAGCUUUUCUUGUUCCAUCGCCAACAGAGAAAUUCCUUCAGGAGGUUCCAGACAGUCAGUUAGUGGAGUGUAAUCGCACAAGAGCAAGGCAAUACAUGGAUAAAUACGGACAGAAUUAUACCGAAGAGGAUAAAGUGUUUAUGAGAAAGGCUCGUCAAACUGUUUCCCGAGCUAAACAGUACCUAGAUGAAAUGGGAAUCCCCUUCUGGUUAAGCAGUGGGACUUGUCUGGGUUGGUUCAGACAGUGUGACAUCAUCCCAUACAGCAAGGAUGUUGACCUUGGAAUCUUCAUAAAACACUUCAAUGCUGAUCUCAUACAUGCCUUUGAACAAGGGGGAUUUUUCUUGAAGCAUAUUUUCGGAAAGGUUUCCGAUAGUUACGAGCUAUCAUUUCAGUCUGGAGACAUAAAACUGGACCUGUUUUUCUUCUAUGAAGCAGCAGACCAUGCCUGGAAUGGUGGCACGCACCAUGAGACAGGGCAAAAAUACAAAUAUAUUUUCCCAAAGUUCUCACUGUGCUGGACAAUUUUUCUCGACCUGAAAGUGCGGGUGCCAUGUCCAUCGCAACCGUAUAUCGAAGCCAACUAUGGAAAGAACUGGCUGGAGCCAGUUCAUGUUUGGGAGUGGAACAGAAGUCCACCAAAUGUACGAGACAAUGGCCUGUGGCCGCAGGAGGAGUGGAAGGAAGUGAUUCAAGUGUUCUAAAAUGUGUGUGUCUGUGCUUAAUUACCUGUUAAAUGAAUUGAAGCCUUGCUCUGAAACUGGUUGUAAUGCAUGUACGUAAAAUGUUUACCCAGAUUAGCGUGUGCAGUCUGCACAGGCUAGUCAGGGACAACACUUUCCGCUUUUAUUAACCAGGUUUUCCGAAGGAAAAAACUGGUUAUUAGAUUGGUGAAUGCGGGCGGGCGGAACAAGCUCGUCUGGGCCAUAACUAUGUCUUCCAUCGUAAGAUUUUAAAUUCAUUUGGCACAUUUGUUCACCAUCAUUGGACAGUGUGUCACGCGAAAGAAUUACGUCGAUAUCUCCAAGGUCAAGGUCACACUUUGAGUUCAAAGGUCAAAAAUGGCCGUAAGUGAGCUUGUCCGGGCUAUAACUAUAUCAUUCAUUGUCAGAUUUAAAAAAAGUUUGGCACAUUUGUUCACCAUCAUUGAAUGAUGUGUCGCGCAAAAGAAUUACGUCGAUAUCUCCAAGGUCAAGAUCGCCACGACUAAAAAUAUGAUUUUGAAACAAGGGGGUAACUAUGAUGAACAAUCAGUAACAAUAGACAUUUUGAGUUGAAUUGUCUCCCUUUAUCAGACUUUUUUUAUUAUUGAAAACCUGGUUUUGUGACAAUUUUAUCCCUUGUCAAAUGUUUUGUUAAAAGUAAGUUUCUUCUUAGCGAAAAUCCUGUCUAGGAGGAAAGUGUCCCCACUGUGCAGACUAAUCUGGGACGACACUUUACAAACAUGCAUAAAGCCCUGUUUAGCUCAUAUUAAUGUUUGUUGGAAUUUUUUUCCUCUUUACUUGUUUAUAAUUUUAAAAAUCUUAACUCAUGAAAAAUUACGCAAUACCAGUUUUAAAUGUAUGGUUUGACAAUAACAUUGUCUGAUCAGUCAUAAAGAUAGGUAUUUUAGAACAAUAGAUUUUUAAAGCAGUAAACCAGUCUUUACAUUGUUGCAAAUACGAGUGCGAAAAUAAUAACAUAGCAAAGCCUUUUGUUAAAUGCAUGUACAUUCAGUAGAUGGCCAUAACUAUAAUUUAUUUUUGACCCUGACAAAAACUGUCAAUCAAAUAUAAUUUGUCUUUGUUAAUUUCGUUGUACUCUUCAGAAGUGGUGUAUGUAAUCAUAGUGAGAAGCUAUGAUGGAAAUUAAAAUAAAUUGUGUCUAUUAAUUAACUUUUCAGGAAAACACCAGCAAGUGCGCAACUAAAUGAUAUCAUAAGCUGUGGCCUUUCAUUAUUUCUUGAUCAUUAUGUAAACAUUGCAACUAGUUUAUACUGUUUAUAUAUAUAUAUAUAUAUAUAUAUAUAUAUAUAUAUAUAUAUAUAUAUAUAUAUAUAUAUAUAUAUAUAAUGUGUAUGUGUACAAAUGUUUUGAGUUACAUUUGUCUUAGAAGGCUUUAUUCCUGGGUUUAAUUUUUUAACAUUCUUUAUCAAGGUCUGGACAGAUACCAGUGCAUUGUGUUAAGUAUGCAUUGCCAUUCAAAUAUCAUGUUUUCUGUCCACAAUAAAACACUCUGAGUAUAUGUUGAAUGAUAAGAACAUUUUUAUGUAUUUAUGCAGACUAAAAUUAUUCAGAAGUUUAAGUUUGUUUGUUUAUGCAAGACUCGUAUGCAAAGAUAUUUUUUAUUGAUUUUGAUCAUCAUUAAACUUGAAUGUGA